AUGGACCGAGUUCGAGCUGGUUCCAGAUGGCUGAAGAGGAAAAUACAACCAUACUACACUGUUCCGCACAAGGAGAGAAAACUUGAGAUAGGCCCUCCAACUGAUUUUCGACGCGAGAAUAUCACCUUAGGCAUAGAUGUCGAUGGGAAUACGGUCGUAAUCGAGCAGGCUCGGGAGGAUGCUCAGCGGAUGCAUGCAUCUCUUAAGAUGCAAAGCCUACCUCCUCAGUCGUGGACACAGCGUCGGAGGACAAUCAAAACAACGUAA